AUGAGCCAAUUUCUGCAUUUGAACAUGUUGGAGGCACUGGGAAGGCUUGGAGAGGGCAUUUAUCGGCUGAAGGGCUACACUGAACUGAAUCACGCAGCAUUGUACAAAAUCCUUCGCAAAUGGGACAAAGUUCUGAAGCGAACCGAUGGGGUGGCAGAAAUCUACCCUCAAAUUAUCGAGGGCACGCGCAUUGGCGACAUGACCGCCAUAGAAGCAUUGGAUGCCAACGUCAAGGAGGUGGGCCCAGCAGGCAUUUUCCAGGCAGUCGCCAGCUACAAAUCCAGACAUUUCACCAGAGGUUGCAGCACUGAGUGGAUGGAUAGCUUGCUGCAGCAGAGAGCAAUAGAGGUUCUUUUCAGCGGAGUGGAGCGUACUGAAGUGCAGGAGGAUGGACAGGUCUACCUGUUCUUCCCCAGGAUGGACAUUGGGCCAUACACAUCGCAGGUACGAAUGACCUGCCAGAUUUUACAAGAAAAGGCAAAUCGAGCCGACGUGAAGGUCCUUGCCAUCAAUCCCGGGCUCAUGAAGGAUGGUGCCAUUGAGUACCUCAAGGAGUUUGAGGAGUUGCUCGAAGCAAAGACCGAGAUUCAACUACGUUGGCAAGAUGACCGACGUGGCGGUCUACGAGUCUACCAGCAGGCCUUGCAAAGAUUCAAGUACUAUAUGCCUACCUGGUUCCCGAUCCCGGAUUCUGUCACGGAAGCGUUGCUGAGGACUUUCAUCUCCCAAGCAAUGAGGGCUGGACAUGAAGAAGUGUUCAGGACCCUUGAGAAGGAGGCCAAGGAUGCGGGCCUAGCCUGA